UAGGAAAUCGAAACAAGAACAAGAAUGUCACUAGCUAAAACUAAAACAACAAAAUUAAAAUAGAUCUAAAUCGAUAAGGUGUUACAUUUAAAGUAUGACUCUUAGCUCUUAGUCUUAGACUAAAGCAAAGUCUUAGACUCACUACACACUAGUGUUUAAUACAAUUCACCAAUUACUAAAUUAGAGAGCUGACAGUGAGUUGAGUGAGAACUCAAACAACUGGCUUGACCGCUUGAACUUAAAAUUAAAAUUGAUCUACAACUACAAUUAGUACAAUUAAUCGAGUUUGCUGGAGAUGGCUAGAUUUAGAUCUAACAAGAAUAAUUUUGAACAUUCUGUUGUAUGAUAAGUAUUGAAAAAUUAAAUUGCCAAAAAAGUUUUUAAAAUGGCAAGGUUCACCUGCAAUGUCAAGUUCUUGUUUUUGCUUGUAUGUUUUUUCAACUACUUCUCGCCCUCACAAGAAAAAAUUUGUGCCCGGGAAAAUUCAAGAACUGUUGCAAGGGUUGUCAGAGAGAGGAUUUACCCUGUUUUCAAUGCUUACAAAAUGAGUGUUAAUCCCAGCUGUGAUUUCUCACUGGAGAGAGACAUGUAUUCCAUUCAAGAGGAUCAUAAAGUUUUAGAGGGUGCUAAUAGAUGGACUUGCGAUUUUUGUGGCAAGGCCUUUGUCUCGGAGUAUUUCUUAGAUCGGCAUUUUGAAAAUAGACAUACAGACCAGAUACGGAAAAAGGAUGCGGUGUGUCUAGCAGAUGUCUGUGACAUAUUUCGGUGUGACAUCAUUUCAGGUGUGUCACAGCCAGAUUACUGGGAUAUUGCCUUAUGUUUAGAGGAUGAUAUGGAAGAGCUACACUCCCAGUGUAAGACUUUGAUAAAUAACUGCAUUCCUCCUGGCUACUCAAAAAAUGAAACAGAGUCUGUUAGAAGUCAAGUGAUGGAAAAUCUUUGCUCAUUUCUCACUUGUUCCAAGUUUUGGAAUACACCAUACCAGCAGGAAACCAACACUCACAGAGCACUUUACAUAGUCCUGACAGCCAUGACAUGUUUUGGAAUAGUUGUUUACAAUUUCGUAUUUUAUAACUACUUUUAUUCAGACCUUGUUGACACCUAUGACCCUACACCAAGACAAAAAUAUAAAAUUAAAAAAUUCAAUCCAGAUCCAUAGUUUUGAUCCAUUUAAAUGAAAAUUCCAACAUAAGGAUAAUAGUAAUACUGGGAUAAGGCAAUCAGCAUUUCAACACAUGUCCAGAAUCAGCGUUUAUAACUUCUCUUUGUCCUAACCAUCUCAUUGUUUAAUCUGCUGCUUUUAAUUACCUUUUUGUGAACUAUUUACAACUAUGAAAAAAUGGUGCAUGUAAUGCAUUAUUUAAUAUGAAUAAUUGGAGAAUUUUAUAUUGUGGCACAUAUGCAUGGUUUGAAUGGUAUUUGUAUAUUCUCAUUCAGUGUAUAUUCUCAUUCAGAGAGUUGAUUUUUUGAGUGGUUUAUGGUUUAGAUAAUUAUUUGUGUAUGACAGUUUUAAUACUUUUGUGUAUGAUUGUACAUUUUAUGACCCUAUUGAUUAAACACAACACUAAGUGUUGUUGGUACAUUGAAAA